UCACCGUCCAGCCGCCGCCGGUAAACAAUCCAACAUGGCUGCCUCCGUGAGGAGAGCGGCUCACGACAUCGAAACGCGAAAAAGGACCGACGAUGUGCUUCUGUCAGAGGGGAUCGAGUUCAGCUCGCUGCUGCUGUCUCAGRCCGUGCUGGACGGACUGUCCGCCUCCGGCUUCCACAAACCCUCCCCGAUCCAGCUCAAAGCGAUCCCGCUGGGCCGCUGCGGACUGGAUUUGAUCGUCCAAGCCAAGUCCGGCACAGGAAAGACAUGYGUGUUCUGCACCGUCGCUCUCGACUCGCUUGUCCUGGAAAAUCCAGCGACUCAGGUGCUCGUUUUGGCUCCGACACGCGAGAUCGCAGUGCAGAUCCACUCGGUGAUGAUGGCCAUCGGCUGUGCCACGGAGGGCCUGGAGUGCCACGUUUUCAUCGGGGGGAGGCCCGUGGCUCAAGACAAGCAGCAUUUGAAGAAGUGUCACGUCGCCGUGGGCUCGCCUGGUCGCAUCAAGCAGCUCAUCGAGCUGGGCAUGCUGUCCACCGCCAGCGUCCGACUGUUUGUUCUGGAUGAGGCAGACAAGCUGCUGGAGGAGGGCAGCUUCCAGGAGCAGAUAAACUGGAUCUUCUCCUCUCUGCCUGUCAACAAACAGAUGCUGGCUCUCUCUGCCACCUACCCAGAAUCCCUUGCUCAGUACCUUACCCGCUACAUGAACGAGCCCACUUUUGUACGACUCAAUCCAAGUGACAUGGGGCUUAAAGGGCUAAAGCAGUUCUACAAGCUGGUGCCAUCCCACCCCCUACCUCACAAGGUUUUCGAGGAGAAGGUGCAGCAUUUACUGGAGCUGUUCAGUAAAAUCCCCUUCAACCAAGCCUUGGUGUUUUCCAACCUACACACAAGGGCUCAGCAUCUGGCAGACAUCCUGUCCUCCAAAGGCUUACCUGCUGUCUGUAUAUCAGGUGGUCUGAGUCAGGACCAGAGACUGGAAGCCAUGUCCAAACUGAAGCAGUACCAGUGCAGGGUGCUCAUCUCUACAGACCUGACUUCCAGGGGGAUAGAUGCAGAGAAAGUCAACCUGGUGAUCAACCUGGAUGUGCCGCAGGAUUGGGAGACCUACAUGCACAGGAUUGGACGGGCUGGACGUUUUGGCACACAGGGGCUGGCUGUGACCUACUGCUGCCAUGGUGAGGAGGAGAACAAGAUCAUGUCCAUCGCUCAGAAGUGUGGCCUCAGUUUGUCUGCUCUUCCAUCCACCUUAGAGAGUGAGCUGAUGGACGAGCCGUGUGACUGGGAUGUGUGCACUGAGGCCUCCGCCCCAGAAUCCGUGUCGCAGCUGUCGUCUAGAACUGAAAAGAAGAGGCGUUCAAAGCCCGCGGUGUCUGCGUSUGAACCCGUCGAGGAUCAAGCUGCGGAGCGCGGGAGUAAAAAAAGGGCCGAUAAGACCCCAGGAGUACCCGGGAAGGUGCCGCGCGCCGAAGAUUCCGCAAAGCCRACGACUUCCACGCGAGCCGCCCCGCAGCGGAGCUCGCCUCGCGCCACGCCGACUCGGAAAGAGCUGCAGGACGCCCUGCCCAAGAUCCCUCCGCUCAGCUCGUUCAAGAACUGCAGCCUGAAGUUCGUGACCUUCGAGGAGGCAGAGCACGACUUCCAGACCUUCAUCAGCACCGGUUUGGGGAGAUCGGUGGAGGUCAUCAGGGAGUUCAGAGGCGAGGACCAGAAAGCGUACAAGGAGAUCGUCACGCUUCACGACGACGGGACUCAGGACGUUGCCCAAAGCGGUGAGUGGCUGCAUUUGGAUGUUUCCCCUCGGCGCUCAGUUUCCAGUUCUUCUAACUCGGCCUCCGACGACGAUGCGACGCCUGGAGGUUCAAGCGAGCCCACAGAGGCUGAACACAGACCACCUGGUAAACCUCAGCCUGACUUCGCUGCACAAAACCCCUCUGCACCUAAAAUACAUAAGCAGACAUCCAGCAGAACCGGCGGCAGAGCCUCGUCGCCUCCUGGGAGCAGUGAGCAACGCGCCACAGCAAGUAGUCCCAGCAAUCUGACAGCUCUGAGACAGAUUUACAGGGACCAAUCUAAAAAGAUGAAAAGCGAGAGCAAAAAGCUCUCGGGGAAGAAGAGAGGCGAGCCGGAGAGGGAUGAGGAGGAGGAGGAGGAGGAGUGGGACUCGGAGGCAUACUGGAGAGCCUACUACAGAUCCUGGAGCGAUUACUACUCCUCCAUGUCCCGUUUUCCAGAGCAGGGGUACCAAAGCUACUACAGUGCAGCUCAGAACUGGAUGGCAGCUUAUCGCAUGAAUACAGUCUACAUGCAGGAACUCAUGAAACACUGAACUGACUCCUAAAUCCAGUGUUCAGUAGACCAGAGCAGUUUUCUGCCUGGGCUUGAGUAUUAUUUGCACUUUGGGUCGAACACAUCACACUCAGAUUUCUGUUUUUUUUUUUUUUUACCAAUAAAUUUAACCCAAGUAUGGUGUCUCA